AUGGCUUGGUUUCUUGAGCAGCUCGACCGAUCAGUCACCUGGCCGAGUCUAGUCAUCAGUGCACUCAGCAUUGUUCUACCUCUUCUGGUUGCGAGGCGUUAUUGGCAGCUCAGCGAUAUCCCAGGCCCAUUCCUUGCGUCAUUUACACGCCUUUGGCAUGUGCGCCACAUCAUCAUUGGAGACCAGAACCUCAAGCUGGUUGAGUUGCACAAGGAACAUGGGCAUUUCGUUCGCAUAGCGCAUAAUGAAGUUAGUGUGAGCCAUCCAGAAGGCAUCAAGAAGCUCCUAGUAGAGCCUGUACGAAAGGCCCCCUGGUACGGGGCGAUGCAGUUUCCAGACUGGCGUUGGGAGAACCCAAUGGCAGAGUUGGACCCCAAGAAGAAGAAUCAAAUGUCCAAGAACUUCGCUUCGGCUUACACUUUGAGCAAUGUGCUCAAGUCAGAAGCAGCCGCGGACGAGGUCAUUGAUAAGCUAUGUGAGUGGAUGGAUCAGUACGCUGAGAGGAAGGAGCCGAUGCCUCUGGACUGGUUCCUCACAUACGCCGCAUUUGACAUCAUUGGGGAAUUUGCCUUUUCUAAGCAGUUUGGGUUUAUCUCCACUGGAACAGACGUUGAAAACGCCAUUCACACUAUAGCGUCUUUGAACGCUUACGGUGCCAUUGCAGGUUUCUAUCAUUGGUUCCAUUACCUCUUAGCCAAUCCGUUUGUCACUUGGACCGGACUGAUGCCGUACGGUCUCUUCUACAACACGACUUUCAAGGCUGUCGACCAACGUCGGAAGAACCCGGACGCUCGAUAUGACCUGAUAGCCCACUGGUUCAAGACACAUGAAGAACACCCGGAGCGGUUGAGUAUUCGAAACAUCGAGGCUCACACAUUCCAGGCUGUGGGUGCCGGCUCGGAUACAGUCUCAACCGGCUUGCAAAGCUUUAUCUACCACAUCAUCAAGAACCCGGAGGGACAGCAUUGGCAAAGGGUUCGUGCCGAGAUCAGGGAUGCUCAAAGCCAAGGAAGAUGCAGUGAUCGAGUGGUAUCUUAUGCGGACGCCCAGAAGUUACCCUAUCUUCAGGCCUGCAUCAAGGAAGCUCUUCGGGUGUUCAGCCCUGUUCCCAUGGGUCUGCCACGGGCAGUACCCGCCGAGGGUCUGACUAUUGGAGACAAGACCUUUUCCCCGGGCACAAUCCUUUCUAUCAAUUCUUGGGUGAUGCAUUAUUCGACCGAGAUCUGGGGUCCAGAUGCUGCCGACUUCCGGCCAGGCCGGUGGCUGGCCGCCGAUGCUGCUGUGCUCGAGAAGUUUUUCAUGCCCUGGGGCCAAGGUUAUGCCGCGUGUCCAGGACAGAAUAUCGCCAGGUUGGAGUUGUCGAAGAUCACGGCCACCAUAGUGCGCGACUAUAACAUACGCCAAGUUGACUCAAAUCAGCAAUGGCACUGGAAGGCAAGGUUUGCCAUGCUACCGCAUGACUGGCCAGUCUAUGUCACAAGAACCAGCUAG